UAGACGGAAUGUAAGGAAAAGAACCUUGAUUGGUAUAAAAAUCUCUCAUUCUCUCCGGUUACCUUUCCCCUUCCCUCUUCCCCGCUGUACUCGCCUAGUCCUUCCAGAAUCCAGAGUUCACACACUUCUUUUGACAAAGGGAGUGAUUCAAAUAUGGCAAACUCCUGCAGGCGGCGGAGGUCUCCCAUCGCCCUCUAGGGUUUCUCUCUAAUUUCUCUCUCACUUCACACAACAAAUGCUCCUAUCAGAUUUAUGUAGACAACAAGCCCUACUCGGAAGCCAUCGUCCCGUCUUUUGACAAAUCACUAAAUUUGAUUGGAAACAAUAAGGGAGAGAUAAUAGGAGUGUUGUGGAAGUAGAAGAAGGGGAGAGUAGGAAGAGCAAUGCUGAUGGGGUUGGGAUGGGUGGGCGCCAUUUUGGUAGGAGCUGGUUGGCUUGCUUUGGGGUAUUGCUUUGGCGUGCGUUACCCUCCUGCUCGCAUUAUUUUCUCAGCCAGACUCGCUAAGCAAGCUGCACUUGCCAAUGAUUAUAAUAAUGGCAAGAAUAAGACGAAGAAGAAUAAGCAGAACAAGGACAAGCCCAAAGACCCUCUAGAGAUUGAAAACCUCGCCGACAUUCUUGAAGAUUUCAAAAUGGUUUUGGUGGUCAGGAAUGAUCUAAAGAUGGGUAAAGGGAAAAUUGCCGCUCAAUGCAGCCAUGCAACUUUAGGCCUCUAUAAAAAGGUCCUCCAUCGAGCACCAAAAGCUUUAAACAGGUGGGAGAUGUGUGCCCAGCCUAAAGUUGUAGUGAAAAUAGAAAGUGAAAAAGAUAUGCUAGUUUUGCAAGAAAGGGCUAAAUCGCUAAAUUUACCGACACACAUUACAAUUGAUGCUGGCAGGACUCAGAUUGCACCAAAUUCAAGGACAGUGAUGGCUAUUCUUGGACCUGUUGAAGUAGUUGAUGAUGUAACAGGUGGACUGAAGCUCUUGUAGAUUGCUUGAUUUCAAUGGUGUUUAUCUUAUUGCAAUGUGAGUUUCAAGGAUAUGAGUCAAGUGCCAUGGGCAGCAACAUCAACCAUACCGGAAGAGACUCAUUCCAAGUUCAUAUUCGAAUAUCCAUUAUCUGAAGGACCCCGACUUAGAAAUACAAGUACUUGUGUCCUUCUAUCCCAAGGAUUGCUUAUGAUGACGAAAAAUCGCAGAAAUUGCAUUAUUUAUUAUCAUUAUGAAGCUUGUACUGUACUACUGUAAGGAUACUCUUUUUUCGAGUUUUUCCAUUACUUGGCAUUGAAAUUGAAUUCAAAACAUAAGCGAUGUUCCUGGUUUUCGGUUUGGUAGCAUUGUCUCAUCUUCU